AUAUUAUAUCUCCACUUGUUAACAAAACCUCCCUAAAAGAAGUUCCGCACGUCACCAACCAAUCCUUCUUCUCCGCUCGCCGACUCAGAUCCAGUCAAAGCUCUUCAGAUCACGUUAAACAAUGGCAACAAAAUACAUUGUUGGGUCUGUGUUGGGAUCUUUUGCAUUUGCAUACGUGAUGGGUAUUUGGGUUGCUGACAACAAAGUACUUGGAGGAACAACGCCAAGAACUGUUGCGAGCGAGGAAUGGUAUGAAGAAACUGAUAAGAAGUUUCAGGCGUGGCCUCGUACAGCAGGACCACCAGUGGUGAUGAACCCCAUCCGUCGCCAAAAUUUUAUUGUCAAGGCCCGUUCUGAAUCUUGAAGAGGGGAUGGUUGUUAAACAGAAUCGAUCUCCUCCAUUUUAACUAGGCAUGGAAUUGAUUGAUAUAAAAACAAAAAAAAAAAAAAACGUUAUUUGGAUCUGAAUUAUUGUCAUGGAAAUAAAAUGUUGUGGAUAUUAACUAACCUGUUGGUCCUGAUCACAUAAACUUCUGUGUUUGAAUUUCUGGUUAUUUGUCUAUGGAGUACAUAGACAUCUGUAUACUGGUUUACUCGUAUGUCUUACCUAUAUGUCUGCUCUGGUUAAACUACUUUCCGCUUAAAGAGAUUUCCAACUUGGGACU